AUGGCUCCUCCACCACAAAAGCUCUUCCUCGCCGUCAUUGUCACCGCCGUCAUUGUAACGGUCACCACCGGAAAUGAAGAUAUAGUACAUUCCUCAUGCGUACACGCAAGCUAUCCAUCGCUAUGCGUCCGUACACUCUCAACUUACUCAGGUCCAACCAUAACAAACCGCCGCGAGCUAGCUCAAGCCGCCGUCAAAAUCAGCAUUUCCCACGCCCAAACAGCCGCGAAAAAACUCGCGGUGGUUCAAGACACGGUGGGAAAGAAGAAACGCGAGAAAGCCGCGCUUGUGGACUGCGUUGAGAUGAUUGGAGACUCCGUGGACGAACUGAGCCGCACGUUAGGCGUUUUGAAGCAUCUACAUGGCGUUUCGGGCGGUUCGGCUAAAGAGUUCCGGUGGCAGAUGAGCAAUGCUCAAACGUGGGCUAGUGCUGCGUUAACGGAUGACUACACGUGUCUUGAUGGGUUUCAAGGGAUCGACGGUGAGAUUAAGACGGAGGUGAAACAGUGGAUGACGAAGGUUGCGAGGGUUACGAGCAACGCGCUUUACAUGAUCAACCAGCUAGAUGAGACACGUGGCAAACCCCAUGUCGUACGACCUUGA